UUGAAGGACGGUUCUUUCGUAAUGUGAGCAGCGCCUGCUCAUCCGUACGGUUGCUCGUCGCAAAGACUUAGACAACGGAUAUUCAUUGCCACAAUUCACAACAGUCCAAACGUACCUUCCGGGAAAUACUUGCUUUCUGUCAUCUCCCAUGACUAUCAGUUCGAACAGAUGCGUGUAGAUGUAAAGGAUAGUAUUUCCUUCGAAGAACCUGUUGUUGAAGUCCGACCUUACGUCCUUGGAACUCCCAUGAGUCCAGCUUCUACGAUCCUACUCCCAUAUCCCAUCAAACUCUCUGCACGACAGAGAUUUAACUACUUUGUGCCUCGAGAAAGCUUCAACAUUAUGGGAAUGCUCAAGAGUCCUAUGAUCCUGAUGAUGGUGUUUGCUGGUGCACUUGUUUUGGGCAUGCCGUAUCUCAUGAAAAAUAUGGACCCAGAAUCUCUGGCAGAAUUCAAGAGAGAGCAGGCGAAGAUGUCACACGCACAGAGUGCUCUUCAGAGUGGUGAUUUCAAGUCUGGACUCUCCGCACUUAUGACUGCUGCAUCCGGACAGGACCAGGCAUCCUCGCAACCUCCUCGUGUACAGGCCGCAACUAAAAGUAAAGGCAAAAGUAGAAGACGAUAGGUAGUGCGCCCCGCGAAAUCAUCGGCCUAAAUGUAUACAUAUAGAAUGGUACCCAACGAAAAUGAACGUUAUCUUUUGGAUUGUUGAGGCUGUUGUCGAACCUAUGGUUUUCCAAGUCCUUCAGGACAAUUGAGAGCUUGACGAAUAGCUAGAUUUCU